GAAUCUAGGAAAAUUCGCCAAACCAAGGCAGUUUGCACUUGCUUAAGAUACCCGUGCUUGUGUACGCGAGACCUCCGUGGACCGGGUUGCUUUCUUCUUUUCGAUCAAAAGAGAGUGUGUCGACGAAGAGGCAUGCUGGUUUUCGCGCUGACUGGAUUUUUGCCCGCCACGCAUUUGGUUCCUAAUGUUGUCCCUCGGGCGCGAGCUUCAUACUCAUAGCGUCUGCUUCUGGCUCAAUCUUCGCCUUCGACAAGUUGCGGCCCACGUCUCUAGCUGGCUUUUCUUCAUGGGAUUCCUGCACUUGGCAGGUUUCUCAGCAUUGUCGGUGUCACGACCCUCCUCCUCGACCGGUUUGGUCGCGCAAGCGCUGCAGAACGGGCUUGCUCGCCUUCCACCGAUGGGUUACAAUAGUUGGAACGACGUUGGUUGCGAUGUAGACGAAACGAUCGUGCUUAUCCCAUGUGAAAACGUCUCCACCCCAGAGUUGUGGAUGUGGUGGAAAACUGCAAGCCUCAGACGUUUCUCCUGCGCAGCCCCAUGGGGAGCAUUCUGCAAUGCUGUCUGGCAGUUUGUCAUGAUGCCAGAAUCAGGACGGGGAUCGGUUUGUGAUGCAGCUACAGUGCUUAGCUGAAUGCGACUACACUAGCAUUCCAAACUUGUCAUGCGUGGCGCCGAAAACUUCUAGGUUUGUGUUGCAGAGUUGUCGCCAUCUCGACCCAAAAGGGCAAUAGUUUUUUCUCAUCUUGACUCUCUCUUGGGUCGUCGUGGGGAUGUUUUUUCUCAGGAUCGUGCUCGAGCGCGCCCGCUACCUGAAAGAGAGCGGGCUCGCGGCCCUGGGUUACGAAUACGUGAAUCUCGACGACUGUUGGCAGGCGGACGCGCGCGACCAGGACACCCAGAAACUGGUGGCCGACCCCCACCGGUUUCCAAACGGAAUACGAGCCGUGGCCGAUCAAAUUCACGCGUUGGGCCUGAAAUUCGGGAUCUACACGGACCGGGGCACGGAAACGUGCGCCGGCCGUCCGGGGUCGCACCAGUACGAAGCAGUGGACGCAUAUGGGAGUGUCAGGAUCGAAAUCGACAAAGUCGAAAAAUUUGUAAUGCAGAGAAUGUGGGGCACUCAAGGCCCCCUGUGUUGGGGAGCAGGCAGAGGAGACCGAUUUUUGCAAGCCUGUUUGGGGGAAGACGAUGUGCUGCUAGAGUAGCAUGACAGGAGUAGUCUUCUUUGUCCAAACAGCAUGACAAACUGGAUUUUGGCGCUCCCGAAAUUUGUCAUGCGCCACUAACUCUGCAACUCGUAGACCACCAAUGUCAUGCGCCACUAUACAAACUGGGUUCCAACUGGCAUCCAUUUUAUGCAUGGCAAAUUAUUUCACCUUUGUCGAUUUCGAUCCUGACGCUUCCAUAACGCACGGCAGUUCGCAAUCGAUUGGGCGGUCGACUUUGUGAAGAUCGACAACUGUUAUGCGGAGCAGACCCAAACGGCGGAACUGGACGGUUUUCAGGCCUUCCGCGAUGCCUUGCUGAAGAACCAACGGAGGGAACACCCGGUACUGUACUCCGUGUGCGGUGGUGGUUGGCAGCACCCUUUUGUUUCCGACCUGCGGUUCUACGCCAUGCCCCCGUUCGGGGCCCCGCUUGCGAAUAUGUGGCGCAUUUCCGCGGACGUCACGGACGUAUUGUCAUUGCUAGAUGCACUGCGUCGCUUUCGGGACCUGCAGGCGUAUGGCAGUCCCGGCGGCUGGAAUGACCUGGACAUGCUGAUUGCGAGUUCACCGAACCCCGCGCACCGGUCCGUGCAGGCAAAAUUGAUCUACAUGGACCCAGCGGUCAGCCGGACCCAGUUCUCGCUGUACUGCGUGAUCGGGGCCCCGCUCCUGCUCGGUGCGCCCCUCGAUAGCAGGCCGAGCCCCAAAGAACUCGCAGACCACAGGGAGUUAGAGACGAAUGAAGAGGAUUUUUAUGGUGGUAGAGCACGAACAAUAAAUCAGGAGCAGGGCGGCCAGGUGGAUCGCGAGGCGACCCCAGCAUUUGGGCCGGACUUGUCGUCUGAGCUGUUCUUCUUGCACUCAAGCAAAAACGUCAGCAGCCGCAGCCCCACUGAGUGGGACCUCACCACUUACCGCAACGGGCUCCUGAUUUCAGUGAACCAGCAGGCACGUCGGCAGGGCGGAAUCGUCAGUUACGGCUUUCUGGAUCUCACACACGUUGCAGCACGGGAGAUUGUGCUCACUGCCUCCGACCUCGUGCAGCACUCUUCCAUCGGGUUGGGUCGCCUGCUCGGUGCAGCGGAUCAUCUGGAUAGAGAAUGCGGAGGGCCUUUGCGUUGCUCGCCCAAAAAAGGGUUCACCGAGAAGUUCUUGAAAGAGAACGUCAGAAGCCGCGACGCACCUGAAUUAUAUCAUGAGCGGCGCGACCAAGUGCGCGACCAAUCUUCCGGGCCUGUGGGAUCGCAAAGGCGAGCAAUUUAUUCCUCUCAUUCUGCGAUAGCGAUGAUCUUUACGAAUUUCAAACCGGCUGCUGCCGAUGUGUCUUGUGACGCAGCGUGUUGGGCGAAGAUGUCAUUGUCCGCUUUCCAACAUGGCACCGAGCUUGUCGGGGUGGACGCCUGGGCCGAACACACCGGCGCUCUAACAGCGUCUAAUUUUGAACAAGUGUCGAAGCAGUCGGUGACCAAUGUGGAAGCUGCAGAUGACUUUCAUGUGCAGCAUGCUCAUCGAGAGUUCGUUACCCCUAACGAGAACGACGAAGCUGUGCUGCCGCGCCACCGGACACCAGAAACGCAGACGAUAUUCUAUCGUGCAAUAGUAGGCGAAAAAUUUACAGUGCGCGUUCCUGCAAGAGGUGGCAGCAUCACGAUUAUCUUCGCAAAGCGCGAGCAGAUGGUCCGCCAGAACAAAAAUUCUGUCCUACACUUUGGGAAGGCACUGUGGUAGUAGUACGCACUAGGUGGAUACACAAAAAGUAACCGUCUGACCGAAACACGCACUAAGAUUAAUGUUGUUGUCGACUAGAUGUAGAUGCAGUUUCACACCCCUUUUUUGCGCAUGCCAUAUAUGCAGCCGAGUGGCCGCCAGGCGAACGUCUAUUGAGUACCUCAGAAUGAAUAGAAAUAGCAGUAUGAAUCAUGAGUGUAUAAAUGGUUUAGCACAGAUUCUCUGGAAGUUAAAGUGUAAUUAUGGAAAAUGCAUCUUUUGUGAACUGAAAACGUUUGAUAGCGCCGUUCCACCACGCAGCAUGAUUUGAGCUUUCACGCCGAGAUCUAGAAAUACUUGACUGC